CACUCGCGAGCAGUACCACUGACCAGUACUACCCUCAUAUACAUACUGCUUUGCCAUUUUUAUCAUGGCGAUUUCUUUUUGACAUUUCACUACUACUGGUCGCACGUGUUUUCGGGUUAGGCUCUGUGCUAAAUUUUAAUUGAAUCAAAAUGAAUCCGGAGAAGUUGAAGAAGUUGCAGGCGCAGGUGCGCAUUGGCGGCAAGGGCACCCCCCGCCGCAAGAAGAAGAUCGUCCACUCCACGCCCGCCACCGACGACAAGAAGUUGCAGUCGUCGCUGAAGAAGCUGUCGGUGAACACAAUCCCCGGCAUCGAGGAGGUGAACAUCAUCAAGAACGAUGGCACCGUCAUCCACUUCAACAACCCAAAGGCGCAAGCCUCUCUGCCGACGAACACGUUCGCCAUCACCGGCCACGGUGAGAACAAGACGAUCACGGAGAUGGUACCUGGCAUCCUCACGCAACUGGGGCCCCAGGACAUCAACCAGCUGAAGAAGCUGGCCACGGAGAUCGCCAAUAAGAACGCCGCCGGCGGCGCAGCCGGUUCUGCUGGUGCUGAUGCCGGUGACGAUGAUGUGCCCGAUUUGGUCGAGAACUUCGAAGAGGUUGCCAUCGCCGGCACGAAGGCUGCUGCCCCUGCUGACGGCGAAGUGGCGGCUUCCGCCUAAGAAGAAGGAUUCACACCACAUACACACAUUAACACCGAACACAUACAAACACACAAGGCAGAGGAGCGAAGGGAAAUAUACCGGGCAUACCGCCCAGCCGGACACACUAAAACGCACGCCCUCAACAUCGGGCAAAGCCGCCCGAUACCGGACCCUGGUCUUGCGCACGGUAUGUCGCUGGAAUAGGCUUUCCCUUCGUCACCCUCUGCCUCUUUUUUGGGGGUCAUGCUACACACUAUACACUAAAAAAACAAAAAAUAAAGGCAUCCGAGCGAGCGCUGAACAGAAGCAACACCUAAACAUAAUACCUUACCAUAAUAUGUAACGUACUAAGGGAACCUUCAAACCUAAUCUAAUAGUCAUAGUUUGGAAGCGAUCAAAAUGUAUUUUCCAAAGCGAUUAAAGCACGUUUCCUUAAUCCAAUAUUGGAA